UUUUUUUUUUUUUUCAUUUCUCCUGAAUCUCACCUCCUUUCCAUUAAAUCUUCAAGGCAAUCCGCAAAAGCUCUCGUUAGUUAACAUCAUUGCGGCUGGCCGCUCUCCUUUGUGCCGGUCCGCUGGUCGCGUGAAGCUUUUGCCCCGCAGUCCAGCUCUUCAGCUUACUGAUACUGAAUCCAACCCCCUCCUUCCAUAUUCUCCUCCGAGGGACUUCGCAGCACGGUGACCGACCCGGAGUGUACAAUUGCCCAGCAUGUUUGGUGUAAUUGCUGAUCUUCUGUCUUCGAUCAUCACGAUCCUACUUCCCAUCUUUGCCUCUUAUAAAGCCCUCCGCUCUGCCGAUUCUUCCCAACUGGCACCAUGGCUUAUGUACUGGGUCGUUCUAUCGGCCGUGCUCAUGGCUGAGUCGUGGACGAUUUUUAUUCUGGGAUGGUUCCCGUUCUAUAGCUGGAUCCGCCUCUUUUUCUUCUCCUAUCUUGUCCUCCCCCAGACGCAGGGAGCCCGGAGUCUAUACCUAGAAUACGUCGACCCGUUCCUGGAGCAUCAUGAGCGUGAGAUUGAGGAAUUCAUUGGCAAGACCCACGAGCGUGCCAAGGCCCUUGGUCUUCAGUACUUCUACCAAGCCCUGGAUUAUAUUCGGGAAAACAUUCUGGGCUUGCCGGCCCAACGUCCGCCGCCUCCGCCUCCGCCACCGACCGGCCCGGCUGCCUACGCGCAGUCGCUCCUUUCACGGUUCAAUCUGCCCACCGCCACCGGCGGAACUACACCAGCCGCGAGCAACGACUGGCUCUCCACCAUCAGCUCUGUGGUGGCGUCUGUUGCGUCCUCUGGCCAGAGCCCUGAAGCACGCGGCGAAGAGCUGUCUGCUAGUGGAACGUUGCUGCCUCGGGAGGUAGCGUCCAUGUCCCGUGCGGAUAAGGUCAAGUUUAUCUCGAAACAGCGGGACCUACUGGAAGUGCUGCGCAGCGCACUGGCUAAGGAGGAACGCGACCUGCACAGCGCAGGGACGGAAGAUGACCUGGCGUACGGCCCACCGCUGCGAAAGAACCGCAGCGAGAACUCCUUCACUCAUGUGGAACAUGAGGAUACCCAGGAGCGCUCGUCAGACGCGCACCGCCGGACGAGCAGCGGCAACUGGGCCUCCGGAUGGUUUGGAAGUGGGGAGGAUGCUGGAUCCUCGGGAGUAGACCAUGGGCAUGAGGGCCCGCGGAACCGGACGCAUUGAAUAGAUUCAGCUGAUAGCUCUCUUGCAUGAGACUAGUAUUCCUGAUCAUCCAACAAAAUGUAGAAUGAUAGGAG